AUGUCCACGCAGGAAACAUCGACUUCCACGCCCGCUCGACCCAACCUUGCCCUCUACAAGCCUGUGCUGGCAUCUUCUUUCCGUUCGGCUACGGAGUAUGCCGCUCAAGCCGUGGAUGGUAACUUGCAGUCGCAGUGGGCCUCUGCGCCACAGAGUCUGCAAUGGCUGUGGGUGGAUUUGCUUGGCGUCUACGAAGUCGCAGCUGUCGCCAUUUCUUGGGGUGAAGAGUCAGAAGCUGUGCUUCAAGCCAGUCUCAAUGGCCUGGAAUGGAAAGACGUCUCAGAUGUCGCAACUGGCUCAGACUCAACAGAUUUCAACCCGCCCAUUGAGGCGCAGUGGUUGCGGGUAGUGUGUCAAGAAAGCUGCAGCGUCCGCGAGCUUGUCGUUUUUGGUGACAGGCCACGGCUGAACCUUGCUCUUUGGCGGCCCACGCUGGCCUCCUCCCAUGCAGGCUUUGAGCAUGUCUCGCGCAUAGUGGAUGGUUUGGAGGAGACUCAGUGGAUCUCUGGGUCAGAAUCCCAGCCCUGGGCCUGGGUGGAUCUUCUUGGGCUCUACACGAUCUCAGAGAUUGAGGUGCUUUGGGGAGUAGCAUAUGCAGCACACUAUGAGUUACAGACGAGCCGUUCCGGCGUCGACUGGGCCACCGCUGCCACAGAGGCCGGCGCAGAGGGCAGCCGGGUGCGCACCAAGCUUCCAGCCGGCACACAAGCACAAUGGGUGCGCGUCCUGUGCGUCUCCUUGGCCGGCUUUCAGUGCGGCAUUCAAGAGCUGCAGGUUUUUGAAGCAGUAAAACCGGUCCCGGGCUCCCCCUCCUCCGAGAAUCUCGCUCAGGGCAAACCUGUCUUGGCUUCGUCCGAGCUGUUGCCGCAUGUUGCUACCAAAGCCGUGGAUGGACUCAGUGACACGUACUGGGCCUCUGCUGCUUCAGGCAACCAGUGGAUCCGCCUGGACCUUUUGGGCCACUACGUCCUCAGCCAUGCUGUGCUGCUUUGGGGCCCAAGUUCAAGUGCUUGGCCAGUCAGCUAUGAUCUUGAGAUCAGUUUCAAUGGGUUGACAUGGGAAGCCCUCGUGGCAGACAUCCUCCCGGAGGCUCAAGUACAAACAGUGCUCCCGGCAGUGACCACGCAAUGGCUGCGGGUCUACUGCAGGAGUGAACACGGCUGUGGCAUGCAGGAGCUGCAGGUCUACGGGACGCCGGCCCUUCGGCGGCUUGCCUUGCGGCACAUCUCAGUCACGUCUCAACCCAAGAAGGGUGCCUUCUUGGUGAGGCUGGCGCUUGGGCUGGCGCUUGUGCUGGCAGUCCUCACGAUGUCCGGGUGUGUCUGGUGCCUUCAGGGCAAGGAGAGCAAGAUCCAGCUACGCCAGCAGAGACUAGAUGCUCAG